GCACCCUCUAGAUGAUCUGUGGAAAACUGCAAAGAAGAAAACCGGAAACCACCGUUUCGUCACUUGCGCGCAUGGAGUGAGAAAGAGGGGUAAACAGUUAGCAUAUUCAAAGAGUAAAAUGGACGCACAGAAAGAUCUGCAGCCGCCCAAACAACAACCGAUGAUCUACAUCUGCGGAGAAUGUCACACUGAGAAUGAAAUUAAAGCACGUGAUCCCAUCAGAUGCAGAGAGUGUGGCUACAGAAUUAUGUACAAGAAGAGAACAAAGAGAUUGGUUGUAUUUGAUGCCCGGUGAAGAAGUGCAGAGUGAUGGAUUUUACUUUAGUUAGUGUUUACUGUUUUUGUAGUGUCUCACCAUGUAAAUAAACACACUUGCAGGUCUGGCUUCAUAUUUU